AACGGACUGAUGCAGGCCUGAGGUGAACCUGGGUUAGAUUUCGGUUCCAAAGCCAUGUAGCUCAUCUUCAUAGGACUAUCUCCCAGAAUGAUAUUUACUUCUUUUUUUUUUCUUCCUCGAAGUUAGACAGAGGAGCGAACACACGAACCAGGACAGGACAUAAUAAAAAUAACUUUUAUGUUAUGAUAUUUACUUGAAAAUAAAGAAAUAAAGGAUUUGUUUUUUUUUGUCAAAAAGAUAAAAUUCAUCGAAAAUUGAGUACAAAUACCUAAAGGCCUAAUUACAAUCGGAGCCUAAAAGUUUAAAAAUAUAAAACUCCUAAAGUCAAAACCCAAAACAAAAACCUGGUCCAAUUCUCAUCAAUCUUAGAGAACCGGGUAGUUAAUCCAAAAGAGAGAAACCCAAUAGACUGCAAACGCAGCAUCACAAGGUCGCACACAGUCAAGAAAGGAGUUACUCCGGCGAAACUCUGGAUCCACUGAGAACCUCCAGCAGCAAUAUUUAUGUAUCGAAAGACUCGGAGAAUUAAGCAAAGAUGCUCUCUUCCAGAGAAAAAGGAAUUAGAUCAGGCUAGUUUACCAUAGUCUCAACUUGAGAGAGCCAUCAAACUGAGGCAGUAGGCAAGCGAUGGUAAAGCUCGACUCUCGUUUUCAAGUAAUAGUAGAAGAUAUGGGAGCCAACUACAAAUCUGAGCACCAACCGUACGAGAACCUGCAAGGAAAAGUAACCACAACAACCCAACUGUAGGUUUCGAGGAGAGAAAAAUUGAAAGGAGGACUGCGGGCUUAUUUGGGCUUUUCAUGGGCCCCUUCAACGAAGCAAUUUGAGAUAGCCAGUCUCCCACCUCAGGCGACGGAAAACUUCUGUCGUCUCUCUUCUCUUCUCCUCUCCACAAUCGCUCAAAGCCUAAGAAAAACAUAACAACAUAUUUGCUCUCAUUUCCUAAACGCGACCAUAAUAAAUUUCUAAGAAUCUGUCUCUUGUGAUGAUUUCAUGAUCUGAUUGUGUCCAAGAGCAAGAACUCUCUGCAUUAAACAUCCAACUAUGUAAUCAAACUUCUUUUGGUGAGUUCCUCUAUUGCUUUCUAUUCGUGUUUUUUUUUUUUCCAAUUCCGUUCUGAUUUUCCUUCACCAUUGACUUCUCUGAUCGAAUGUGCUUCUGGGUUUGUAUGAUUUCCCUUUACCAAGCUAUAAAAAUGUAUCCGUUGAUCAAUCGAGAUUAGCACUUUUUUCUCUCAAAAGUGCUUGUUUAAGCGAUUGAAUCAUAAUUAUCUGAUCCCACUGCAUAAUAUCUUCAAAAUCUCACAUGUUUGUGCAUAAAUUGAUAAAAUUUCGCUAACUCUAUUCUCUGCAUCUGGUUAUGUUCCUGAUCCCAUUGCAUUGGCUUUCUCCGUGCAAAUUCUUAUCUGGGUAUGCUUGAUUUCCUUAAAUAUCACAGCCCAUAAGCUGGAUUUUCUUUAUAAUGAACACAUAUGCAAAUAGCCCCAAGUCUUUCAAUGCAUAUCCAAGAGGGGAAUUUGAUUUAGAAUCAGGAACCAUCAAAAGACUCAGAAAGUCAAAAAACUCCUCACUUCACCCUUUAAAAAUGAUCAAAUCUAUGGCUAACCGGCUUCACUAUUAUUACAAGCUGCACCCACUUCUUGUAUUCAUCAUUUCCUUGUCUUUGGGGAUCACUAUUCUUGUUGGUUUUUCUCUAUAUGAGAACCGGUAUCGAACAAUGAAUAGUUACUCGAAAACGGUUAUGAGUUCCAAUGCUUAUCCUUUCGCUAAGCUUAAAAAUCUUGUAAUGGUUGCUGGGCAUUCGGUGUAUACCAGUAGUAAUUGUGAGAAAGUUGAGAAGGAGGAUUCUUGGUUUUUGGAGCCUUAUCAGAGAAAUCCUGGUCAGGCUGCUACUUUUGUGACUCAUAUACAAGAGGGAAUUGAAAUUGCAGCAAGGGAUGAUGGGGCUUUGCUUUUGUUUAGUGGUGGUGAGACUCGAAAAGAUGCUGGUCCACGAAGUGAAGCACAGAGUUAUUGGACUGUUGCUGAAUCAAAAGGAUGGUUUGGCAAUGAGGAAAGCGUGAGAUGGAGGGCAUUGACAGAAGAACAUGCAAGAGAUAGCUUUGAGAAUCUUCUCUUUAGUGUGUGCCGGUUCCGGGAGCUCACUGGCACAUAUCCAGAAAACAUAACGGUUGUUAGUUAUGACUUCAAGAAAGACAGAUUUUCACUCUUGCAUCGCACUGCAAUUCGCUUUCCAGAUUUGAGAUUCUUUUACCAUGGCACCCCGGCAACAUCAACUUCCAAAGAAGCAGCUUUGAAAGGUGAGGCCUUGGUGAGGACUCAAUUUGAAGAAGACCCAUAUGGAUGUAGAGGUACACUUUGGCGUAAAAAAAUUGGGCGUGAUCCAUUUCAUCGAUCAAUCCCAUAUCCCAAUGGUUGCCCAGAAAUUGAAGGUUUAUUCAGAUAUUGUGGAGCAGAUCCUUACCCAGGUUCCCUUCCUUGGGCUAAUUAGUGUUAAACAAAUUUCAUGUCUUGAUCCAUAUUUCAUAGUAUAAUUUAAGUGUCAAACCACCUAGAAAUCUUACAGAGCCUAGACUUAAAUACUUGAUGAUAUCCCCCUCCCCCUCCCUUUUUGGUGCAUAUUAAAAGUAUACAUUUUUCUUGCUAAUAAUGGGCAGCAGAUUAUAGAAGAGAUUUUCUUUA